GGAGGACAUGUGGCUGAGGAUCCUGCCCAGGAGUGGACUCGGAAGCCUAGGGAGCUAUCCUCACUGAAGAGCUCAGAGACCCCGAUGACAUAUGGACGCCGGCUUCAGGGGACACGGCUCAGCACCACGGAUGCCCCUGUCAAGUCCCACACAAGCUAAAGGACUGAUUGCAGGACCAAAGCCCUAGUGGCACAUUUUUCACUGAAGCCUCCAGGGCUGAAAUUCACAAUGGGCUCAUUCCUGCUUAGCCAACAGCACAAGUCAGUUCCAGGAAGGGAAACACCCAGUUGUUGCUGCAGGUGAGGCAUAGUGUGAACUCAGGAAAUUGAAACAUAAGUUACCCUGUUCCACUGCCCAGAGGGAGCCAUGGCUGCAGAGAACCCUGUGGAAAGUCUCCAGGAGGAAGCGACAUGUCCCGUCUGUCUAGAGUAUUUCAGAGAACCUGUCACUCUGGAGUGUGGGCACAAUUUCUGCCGAGCCUGCAUCGCCCAGUGCUGGGUGGGAUCUGAUACAGCCGCCUCCUGCCCUCAGUGCAGAGAAACUGUGCAACAGAGAAACCUCAGGCCCAACAGGCAGCUGGCAAAUGUCGUAGAAAUCGCCAAACGGCUGAGUUUACAGGCAGCGAAAGGAGUAAGAGGGGACGGGGUGUGUGGGGAACACCAGGAGGCUCUGAAACUGUUCUGUGAAGAGGAUCAAACCCCCAUCUGUGUGAUCUGCAGAGAGUCCCGGGCUCACCGCGCUCACACGGCGGUCCCCAUACAGGAAGCUGCCCAGGAGUACAAGGACAAAAUCCAGGCCCAUUUGCAGACUCUGAGGGAAGAGAGAGAAAAGCUGCUGGGAUUUAAAGAGGCUGGAGAGAAGAGAGGCCAGGAGUAUCUGAAACAGACAGAAACAAAGAGGCAGAAGAUUGUGUCUGAAUUUCAGAAACUGCGGUGGUUCCUGGAGGAACAAGAACGACUCCUGCUGGCCCAGCUGGACAAGCUGGAUGAGGAGAUUGUGAAGAUACAGAAUGAAAAUGUCAGUAAGCUCUCCAAGCAGAUUUCCCAUCUCAGUGAUCUGAUCAGUGAGAUGGAGGGGAAGGGUCAGAAGCCAGCGAGUGAAUUCCUGCAGGAUGUCAGAAGCAUCUUGAGCAGAUGUGAGAAGGGGAAGUUCCAGCAGGCAAUGGAGAUUUCUACUGAACUGGAAGUGAGACUCAGUGGUUUCUCCCAGAAAACUAUUGCUGUAAUGGAGACUCUGAGGAAGUUCAAAGACACUCUGCUGUCUGCACUGGAGACACCAAGAGGGGAACCCCUCAGAGCACACAGACAGGUGAAUGUGACUCUGGAUCUGGACACGGCUCAUCCCAUCCUCAUCCUGUCUAAGGAUGGGAAAAGUGUGAGAUGGGGAGACACACGCCAGCAUCUGCCCAAAAACCCUGGAAGAUUUGACUCUGAUCCCUGUGUGCUGGGCUGUGAGGGAUUCACCUCAGGGAGACAUUGCUGGGAGGUGGAAGUGGGGGAUGGGCGAUUCUGGGCUGUGGGGGUGGCCAGAGAAUCUGUGAGGAGGAAGGGAGGGAUCAGCUGUAGCCCCGAGGAGGGGAUCUGGGCUGUGCGGCGGUGGUGGGGUCAGUUCCGGGCUCUCACCUCCCCUGUGACCCCCCUGCCCCUGAGCCAGGUCCCCAGCAGGAUCCGGGUUUGUCUGGACUGUGACCGAGGGCAGGUGAUAUUUAUUGAUGCUGGUGAUGGGGCCCCAAUCUUCACUUUCCCCCCAGCCUCAUUCAAUAGGGAGAGAAUCCGACCCUGGCUACAGGUCUGGGACCCAGACACCCGGCUCAGACUGUGUCAAGAAAGAAACGAAACUAAAUACCUCUCUGGUCUCUUUCUUGCACUAGAAGCCAUGGCUGCUGCAAAUCCAGCAAAAACUCUCCAGGACGAAAUGACCUGUCCCAUCUGUCUGGAGUAUUUUAAAGAUCCGGUGUCUCUAGACUGUGAUCACAGUUUCUGCAGAUCCUGCAUCACCCAGUGUUGGUGGGGAUUCGCUACAGACAUCUCCUGCCCUCAGUGCAGAGAGAUCUUUCCCGAGAGGAACCUCCGGCCGAACAGGCAGCUCAGGAAUAUUGUGGAAGCAGCCAGAGAACUCAGGUUGCAGACAGGGAGGGAACCAGGACCAGAGAGACUGUGUGAGAAACACAAGGAGCCUCUCAAACUCUUCUGCAAAGAGGACGAAAUCCUCAUCUGCCUGGUGUGUGACAGAUCCAAGGAGCACAGAGAUCACACCGUGAUUCCUGCUGAAGAAGCUGCCGAAGAAUUAAAGGAAAUGAUUCAGGCCCAUUUGAAUACUCUGAGGGAAGAGAGAGAAAAGCUCCUGGGAUGUAAAAUGAGUGGAGAAAAGAGAAGCCAGGAAUAUCUGAGAAAGACAAGAACCGAGAGGCGGAAGAUUGUGUCUGAAUUUCAGCAACUGCGGCAGUUCCUGGAAGAACAAGAGCGACUCCUGUUGGCCCAGCUUGAGAAGCUGGAAAAGGAGGUUACGAGGAUACGGAGGGAAAGUGUCACUAAACUCUCUGAAGAGAUUUCGCGUGUCAGUGAGCUGAUCAGUGAGAUGGAGGGCAAGUGUCAGAAGCCAGUGAGUGAAUUCCUGCAGGAUAUCAGAAGCACCCUGAGCAGGUGUGAGAAAGGGAAGUUCCAGCAGCCAGUGGAGAUUUCUCCUAAACAGGAUAAGAGACUCAGUGAUUUCUCCCAGAAAACUCUUGCUCUAAUGGAGACUCUGAGAAAGUUCAAAGACACUCUGCCGUCUGCACUGGAAACAAGAAGAGGGGAACCUGUACGAGCAAACAGACAGGUGAAUGUGACUCUGGAUCCAGACACGGCUCAGUCCCAGCUCGUCCUGUCUGAGGAUCGGAAAAGCGUGAGACGGGGAGACACACGCCAGCGACUGCCCAACAACCCUGAGAGAUUUGACACUGAGCCCUGUGUGCUGGGCUGUGAGGGAUUCACGUCCGGGAGACAUUGCUGGGAGGUGGAGGUGGGGGGUGGGACAGGCUGGGCUGUAGGGGUGGCCAGAGAGGCUGUGGAGAGGAAGGGAGCGAUCAACCGUAGACCUGACAGGGGGAUCUGGGCUGUGGCACGGUGGCCGGGUCAGUUCCUUGCUCUCACCUCCCCUGUGACCCCCCUGCCCCUGAGCUGGGCCCCCAGCAGGAUCCGGGUUUGGCUGGACUGUGACCGGGGGCAGGUGACAUUUAUCGAUGCUGGUGACGAGGCCCCGCUUUUCACUUUCCCGCUGGGCUCCGUCCCUGGGGAGAGAAUCCGCCCCUGGCUCCGGGUGGGGUGGAAAUCCCAGCUCAGACUGUGUCCCUGAGAGUUGGGCGGGGUGUGUGUGUGUGAAUAUCCCACUGGGGCCCUGAAAUCAGCCUUUCUAGCCUCACACACCCUAGUCUCCAUGACCUCUCCCUGUGGACUGUCUAACAUGCUGCCUCUCUGUCCCUGGAGGUUGCUUCUGGUCUCAUCUCUGUAGGGUGACCAGAUGUCCCGAUAAAAUCGGGACUGUCCCGAUUUUUAGUUCUUUGUCCCGCGUCCCGACCCAUGCACGGUCGGGACGCCAUUUGUCCCGAUAUUGCGGCUUUGGCCCCCACCGGCCGUUUCUUCUUUUUUUUUUUUUUGCUUCGGCAACUCCACCCCGGCUUGCUUCCCCCACGUGUCCCGAUCUUUUGUCCGUUUCAUCUGGUCACCCUACAUCUCUGUGCAGCCCCUGGCCUGUCAAACCAUAGAGCGCAUUGAGUGAGCAAGGUAGAGAAGCCAAUGUCAUCACUGCCCCAGGGACUGUGCAGCCUCUUUGCCACUGUCCUCUAUGAUCCAGGAGGACUCUGGGGAUCCUGGGUCAGACAGUGGCACUGAGACAUGGGGGGAACAGCUCACUGGGAAUAAAACAUGGGAUGAAAAAAUGAGCUUCUCUAGCCACAGUUAUCCUAGCUCCCCUAUGGCCUGGGGGAUUCCCAUCUACCCAGCGUUCUAGCUCAUCCCUAUGCCCCUGGUGGACCCCUGUCUACCCAACCCCCCCCCGCCGCCAUACCUCAUCUCUUUGGCCCCUGGAAGCCUCUCCUCCUUCCUCUGUGCAGAACCAGGGAUGGGGGGGAGGAGGGGGAGAACCCCUGGAGCUGCAGGAGGAGCA